AGAAAAAAACACUUUUAAAAAAGUUAUUUCAAUUUAGGACAUCCUUUUGUGUUAAUAAAAAGGAAUGAGAAAUGAUUAAUGUGCUUAAAUGUACAGUACAGUGUUUGAAUACGAUAUUAUUGUAAUGUAUUUGCUUCUUAAGCUUUAAAAGGGUUGCAGAUGUGAUUUAACCAAUCUAAUAAAUCUCGGCUACAAAUAUACUGUAUACUGUACAUAUAUUUAUGUAUGUUCUAUUUGAGGAGGUGCGCUCCUCCAUCAAUAGUCAAAGAAGCUCCUAUGUGGGAUUAUAUAAUGUGUCAUGGAGCUUUUUCCCCUGGCUUCCUGCUGUGUGUACCGCCCUUCGGACCCGUCACAACCACAUUGACACCCCCUCCAUCAUGUCGGAGUGUAUAUCACGCGACCCUAAUGUGUGUGCGUGUGAGGAGGAGGUGCUCCAGUUCACCUGAAGAAUAGCAUCUUUGUGAGCUUGAGCCUUAUAAAGAGCUGCUCGGACGCGUUUCGGCCCACCCAAAUAUCCCGUAAUAAUCAUGAAGCCCCGAGCACUUCUCCUCCUGCUGGCGGCCGUCGUUUGCGUGUCCAACGCUCAGACGAACAACAGCGUCAACGACAACAACAAGCAACGUAGCAUUUGGGACGAGCCCAUCCGCUUCAGCACCAAGUCCAAGGAUUCGUGCACCAUGGUGGUGUCGGGGGCCGGGGACUACACCCGCCUGCGUGUGACCUGCAAAGGUCCCAGCCAGGGUCAGACGGCGGGGCGUUCCUACUACUGCGACUUCCAGGGGAAGCCCAACCUGUGCCGCGCCUACAGCCUCAACCCUCGCCACUACUUCACCCAGAUGAUGUGGGACCUCAGGAAACUCAGCCACGCCUGCCAGGGCGCCAAAAUCUACCGGCCGUCGAUGUGCAAGAAACACCCCGACGAGGUCCAGAUGAGCUUCCUGGCCGCCUGGCCCAGGACCGCCAGCCCAAAACCCUCCAAGCCCGUCCAGGAGUCGCCGCGCAAACCGGCGGCACCCGCCCAGGCCAAGCCCGCCGCUACCCAGAAGCCAGUCAGACCUCAGCCCGUCAAGCCCCAGCCGGGAAAGAUCCCCCAGACCAAGAAGACCACCCCCAAGCCUGCAAAGACCACCGCACGUCCCAGCGAGGUGCCUGAAUCCAAAUCUUCCCGCAUGGCCUCGGAGUACUGCUGGAAGAGCUUCCACGGCAUCUGCUCCUACGUCAUUGGCUGGUUCCAGAACUAAACACAGGUGGCAAACAAAAACAAAUCACUGAAGAACCCUCCACGUCCAUCCUGGACCUCAUAUGGACUUGAUACCAUUCAGACUUUUUUCCCAUAAUAGUGUUUUGUACACAAAUUAAAAAUGUAAACUGUCACUUAUCCUGCUGUGUUUUGUUUUUAUAAAUCCUUUUUUUUUUUUUUUUUUUUUUUUGGUGCAUUCAAAGGCGUCCUUGUUCGUGCUGCACGCCAGCCGCAAAGAAACACGUCUGCUGUCUGGCCCGUGCAGGAAGUUGUUGACAUCAAAGAUAACACACUUGAGCGUGGCGAAACACUCGACUCACUGUGUAGGAGGAACACAGGACGCCUGUGUUUGUGUGUGUGCUCAAUGCGUGUGUGUGAUUACACUGCUCAUUAUUCCACAGCCAAUCAGUCAGCUUGACCUUGUGACCUCAAAACCUACUGUGGUCCAAACAGUGGUGCUUUUGUACGAAAACAAAUGGUGGUACUGCAGUAUGUCAAUAAACAGUAGUAUCCUCAA